CAGUGACCGAAGAUGUUUGGCUUGAUGGCUUGUGUAGUCACCCUGUAUGUCCUGCUCUUACCACGCUUGUCGGGCUGGAGCUGCUCCGGGUAUGCCUGCAUGUGCUACCCAUCACCUUAAUUUACUGGGUGGACCAGAAACGUAAAUAGUGCAGUUCUGGAGAAGUUUGAAGUAGCUUUCUGCUACUUCUGCACACUCAUUUCUGAAUUACCGGUUUCUCUUGACAAUAAAUGUAAGUGAAAUUGAAACCGCUUUUCAGAUUGCCUGCUUCCAACCACUGCCCAGACAGCUUUCAAAAAACAAGCCGCUUCUCUGAGCGUGAAAGCCCUCACUGAAAUAGCAAAUAACAGGAAAAGAGUAAGUCAGGCAUCAUCAGAACAGAUGAGUGACAGAAUUUCAUAAGGUAUGUUUGUGUAUACACACACUGACACGUACUAGGAAAGACAAAACUAUAAAAAAAAAAAAAGUUUAGAGUUCCCAGCUACUUUGCAAACACGACGUUUCCUUAAAUCACUCGAUGAAAUUUGCUGUACUUGUUGAGUUGCUAUGGCACCGAGCUCAUCCAACAACAUUCGACAGAUUUUUAUCUGUGGCUCACAAACCACACUGAGCAAAUCGAAAAUCCCCGGUUACACCGUGCUUUAUAUCAUUUCCGGUGAGAUACGUCUGAAGAACAAACUUACGCAUACAGCGUGCCUGCGCACAGGCGGGCUGGCAUAGCUCAUGAAGUAGGAUGACACCUGUCUGACAUAAUGCCUGGAGAGUGACAAACAUUGCAUGGGACACUCUAGUGCUUUUAUAAAUAAGAGGAGUGGACCAGAAAAAUGCUUUAGCACUGAGAGAAGACGGGACAGCCUCUUCAGAGAGAAGGCAGCUGACCAGAUAGGCAAACAACCGAGAUUGCACGUUCUUCCUUAACGCUUGAAUUUUGUUGUUUCUAAUCUUUUCCCCCACCUAAAGCUGACGCCUGUUGGAUGAGGCUGGGAAGACAGGAGCAGUGGGUUUGAAGGAACGUAAACUCCAGCUAAGAUGGCACUGGCCGGGGCGCUUGCUAGCAAGCCAGUGCCACCGCGCUCCAGGAAAGAUUCUACAACAGGGGUGGAAGUGCACCAGAGCAAGCUGGAUUUUUUCUGCAAGCUGGGCUAUGGCAAGCAGGACAUCUGCAAAGUGCUGGAGAGCCUGGGCCAAGAGGCACUGGAGGAUGAUGUGCUGAAAGAGCUGAUUCGGAUGGGGAGCAAACCUCAAGCUCUGGAGAGCCAGGCUCAGCCUUCCCCGCUAAAACUUGUUGCCCGUGGCUCAUGCGGUGCUUCACUGGGGUCGAAGUGGCUUGGAGAAGAUGAAGGUGAUUCUUUGGAUCAUUUGAGACCCAUUGUGAUUGAUGGCAGCAACGUUGCAAUGAGUCAUGGAAACAAAGAGGUAUUCUCCUGCUGGGGGAUCCAGCUGGCAGUGGAUUGGUUUCGAGAAAGGGGGCACACUUACAUCAAGGUUUUUGUCCCACUCUGGAGAAAGGAGCCCCCUCGACAAGAUAGUCCAAUUGCAGAUCAGCACAUUCUUGAAGAGCUUGAAAAGCAAUCGAUCCUUGUGUACACCCCAUCGCGGAAGGUGAAAGGCAAGAGGGUAGUUUGCUACGAUGAUCGCUAUAUCGUGAAAGUGGCUUAUGAGAAAGACGGAGUCAUUGUUUCCAAUGACCAUUACCGGGAUCUCCAGAACGAAAACCCUGAGUGGAAAUGGUUUAUCGAGCAGCGACUACUCAUGUACUCCUUCGUCAGCAACAGGUUUAUGCCUCCUGAUGAUCCAUUAGGCCGGCACGGGCCCACUCUUAAUAACUUCCUCAGCAAACAGCCAGUGCCUCCUGAACCCAAAUGGCAGCCUUGCCCCUACGGUAAAAAAUGCACCUAUGGCAACAAAUGCAAAUUUUACCACCCAGAGAGACUGCAUCAAGCUCAGCUUUCAGUUGCUGAUGAGCUCAGGGCCAAAAUAAAGGUCCCGUUAAGGCUGGGGAAAGAGGAGGAGCAGUGUAACCGCUCACCAUACGGGACCGGAGGAGAGCCAGCACCACCCGACGCCUGCACGGAAAGGCUGCGAGAAGCCCGUGGCUCCGCAAGGCCUUCCUGCUACCCAGGGUGGUCCCAGGGGUGCUGCCAGGAGCCUCCCUCCGGCGCCUGGGCUGGCGGCCCCGGUGCUGAGCUGGGGCUGGACCUGGGGUUGCUACAGCCGGAGCUGCUCCAAGACCGGCCGCUCCCAGAGAAGAUGUCAGCGCUGUCCAUCGGUGACAACACGUACGGUUACAAUCGGUCCAUGUGUAGCUCUCAGGACAGAGAGGUGACAGACAGCCCUCACCACUGCGGUGACCUCAGGCACAACCCAUACACGCUUCAUCACCCCCGUAGCUUGGACCGCACCUGCCUGCCGGGAUGCCCUUUCCAGCAAACCCUGCUCCCGCCUGCGCCGGGCGGGAUGCACCCGGGCCAUGGCUGGCCUCUGGAGCACUGCGGCACGCGCCGGCUGGCUCAGGGGAGCCGCCACAUCCCUGAGGGCGCUCAGCACCAACAGGCCCUGGAGACUCAGCACUGUGUUUUGCCGCCAUCUGCAGCUCUCCCCCCUGACCCCCUUCACUCGUUCGGCGAGCACCAGCUCCAGCAGCAGCCGCGCUGCUUCCCCAGCCGGCCCCCACGGCAGCCCUUUCUGUUAGACUCCGGCAAUGGGCUGGGCUUCUUCCAGAAAGCCCAUGCUUACCCCGACGCCUCUUACGGUGACUACUGGCCCACCCCAAGCACAAGGCCACCUUCUGCCCAGCAAGCAAACAUACACAGGGAGCUGUGCUCCCUUUUCCCUUAUGGCGAGGUGAACCACGUCAUGGCUUUGUACCCUGAUAUCAAGGAUAUUCCGAGCUUGACUUUGCUGAUUCAAAGACACAGAAACUUGUGAAGCCUCCAGAUCAAACCUUUCCCAACACGCACAAGUCCUGGGGCACAAAGCUGAGGCCGAAUUAAGUGUUAUUAAAGGGCUUUGCGGCAAGGGUUAUAGCUGUUCCAGGAGUCCAAGUCUAAGCGUCGACCAGCUACAUUGCAUGGGGCACCGGGUCAAGGCAAAGGCUGCCGCUCAGCGCAGAGGGAUCUCAUUCAUCUCCCAUGGAAGUGAGUGGGAGGGCUCAGGGUAACUGGGCUGUCAGCACUUGAACCUCACUGGUUUCAGGAUGGCACAGAUCUUCAUCAAUGCCUUGAAACACUAGACGUGUUUUUAAAGUCUUAACCUACUGUUCAACUGCUGUAAAAGAACCAUGCUCUGUGGGUGCCCGUAACAGGCUCUCCAUAGGCCCCCCAUGACUACUUGGCUCAGCUAGCACCUGCAAGGAAUUUGGCCUAUCCCCCUGCCCCAUGCUCUCUGCUAGAAGGCACCUUCGGGUCUGUAUUAAUUGCCUUCUAGCUUUCAAAGACACAUCUCCUGUUUCUAAACCAACGCUGUGAACCCACAGACUCACCAGCAGAGGCGGUGGAGAUGCCCCAGAGCACAGGACGACAGCGGCGGGUACAUUUCUCCGGGAUCACGCCCAAACACGCACGUCCAAUUUGGGGGAGUCACCUGCAGCCUAAGGCCUGAUGUGGACUGGGGGAUGGGGGUUGUUUCUUCAUUUUUGUAUUAACACAGAUGAUACCAAAGGGGGGUAAGGGCGUGGGAUGAGGGGGGGAAAGGAGGCUUUAAAGUACCUCUUGUAUUGAACAAGAAAACUACCCUUGAGUUAACCCUUAAUUAUCAGAUGUUGUCCCCUAAUGUGAUGACACAGCUGAUUUAUGAUUACAAACAUUUAAACUGUGUUCUGUUGGGACACGUUUGAUUUUCAGUAAGCUGUAAAGCUGCUAAUCUCUGCAUUAUUCCACUGAAUUCUUCAGGUUACAAGACAAAUAUUAAGGUUGAUCCUGAAAGUUUUUGGCAUUAUACCAAAGUUUAAGUAUGUCAGUAUGACACAUUUUGAAAAAAAUGCUUUAACACAUUAUAAAAUGGUCAUCUAGACACUUUAUGCUCUGAAUAAUGUAAUCUUUUUUCUUUUUUGUUUGUUUUUAUAUUUUUGUUUGAUUUUAUAUUUUUAUUUUUUCCCAAUCCCUCUUAGCACUGAUGCUUUAUCAAGUCCAACAUUCAGGUGGGAUUUACAAUCUCUCUGACCCUGCCGUAUCUCUGCUCGGUUCUUCUCUGAAGUGCUAUUGGUGAUGUUGGUCCCAGGCAGGAAUUAAACACAGCCCUCACUGACAACUCUGAAGUCUCUUGCUUUCGAAAAGAUGACUAAGGAGUAGUAAUUUACCUUUAGUGACAUUAUCACAUGGUGCAUUUUUGAAAGUGGUAAUAGUUUGACCUGUUUCCUUCUGCAAACCACCAGCAGCAUUUUUUUGGUGGUGGUGGUUAAAGAAUCUUCAGGAAAUAAGUAUACUGUAUCAGUUCGAUCUCUUAUGGCCAUGUGGUUGGCUCUAAGAAAUUCUAAUUUGGAGUUUGGAGGUAUGAUUUAUCUUCACAGAACAUGACAGGUUUUUUUCCAUGUGUCAUGAAUUUUCCACUAAUUAUAGUCAUGAUACAUAUUUUAUAACUGGAUCACCAGAAUGGCUUAUGAAUGUAUCCACUGCACAUUACAUAGAGACUAGAACUGACAUUAAAACAAAACUGUGGCAUAAACGCCCUGUGAAAUGCUUUGAAAAGUACUGGAGUUCUACAGCCACCCUUAGUUGCGCUGAAAUCUGUCACACACCACGCUUAACACAUUGAAGCGACCAGAGACAUUUCAUGGAUUAAAUGCCUAUAUGGUGCCUAUGGAGGGCCAGGCUCACUGGCUUGCCUAGCGACCUGUACCAGAGCUUUCCCAACUGCUGCCGUACACGUAUAUGCUGCUGCACACACACAUAUAUACUGCUGGACACAUAUAUACUGCUGCACACCUACAUAGAUGCACUCGCAGAGAAAGUGCGAUGCGGGGCAGAAAAGAUACCUUCCACGUACUGAAACAGAGCAAGUCCCAAAUGACAGCAUUCAGAAAAUGCGACAGAGCGGGAUAUAACCCUGCGUGUCAACAUGUAUUUUUAUGUCUGGAAUGUACGUUACAGAUCUCAAUACAGAAAACAUCUAAAAUCUAUAGGAACAUUGGCAUGCUGCCUUUAUAUAGUGCCCUGGGCUCGCUGGAGACAUGUGCGUAGGCUUUUCUCCUUUUCCUUUGAGGACGCACAGGAAUUUGGUGGUCAUUCAAAACCCUCUCUUGAUGUUUAAUAACUUAUUUUUCUUUCUUUUCUGUCUUAUUUACUAGGGGAGCUUUCAGUAAAAUACAUAGAAUGUGCAUUCCGCUGGGAAAGCAUCUAGGAAAAUAAAUCAGACUUUGGCGCCGAACAGAACUUGAUUUCUCUUGGCUCUUCUGCUCACCAGAGGGUUUUUUCUCAUGGAGCUUUUGCUAGAAGGCAGCUCAGCAGCAGCGCUGUGUCACCCUGCCCCCAGCCAAGAGCCCAUGGGAAGCACAGACCCUUUCCUUAUUUCACCACAGCACAAGCAUCAGGGAGUGGGGACUCUGCUGCAGAGCCUUUUGCACUUCCCAGGGCAGGAGGAUUUCUUUUUGGCUUUGUCAGCUCCUGGGGUAAGGGAAGGGGCUGCUAACAGAGAGGAGCAGGCAGCUUUUGCACAGCCAGGGUAGGAGGCUGUUGCUAUUUGUUAUCUCUGUGGAGAUGCAUUCGAGUCCAGCUCUUGCUGCCAAGUUGAAAAUGAAUCCAUAAAUCCCAACAGGCUUAGAAAGCCCUUGAUGUUCUUUGCUUUUUCGUUGUCAAGACUCUUAGAAGAGGACUGAAGCAGUGGGAGCGAUCGUCCAGCAGAUGGGCUGCUUUCCUAAGGGAGAUUUGCAGAGUUGCCAAAUUAAUUUUAAGAUUAAAAAAUAAAGAUAUUUAAAAAAAAGCCAUAAAAAAAGACUUCUCUUCCCUUCUUUAUUCUCACCCUUUCCUGAAAAGUUAGGAAGCCAUAGACACCCUCCUUUGUGAGGGGCUAGGGAAACUAGAUACAAGUAUUUCACUGAGAAGUCUGGGGUGGAAGUCACCCCUGCAACAGCUCCACAGCAUAAAAAGGGGGAAAGAGGGUGCUCCUCUGCACCCAACGCAGUCCUGGGCAGCUCACGGUGCCUUCCUCCCACCUCUCCUCCUUAAAUACAGAAAUUUCUCCUUCGCAGAACAUUGACGACAAGUCCACUGAUUUGGUGAGCUAAGAUACCAUAAGAAUUAACGCCAUCAGGUGGCCUAGGAAGUAGAUAAUAACCUUGCUCUGUAUCAAACGCUUGUAUUUGCCAUUUAUUCUGAGAAGCUUUGCUAAUAUUUUAACUCACUUCCUGUUAAGAGCCAGCACAAUUUAUAAGCAAACAUUGGAACUGAUCACAAACGACUAACUAGAACACGACAAGUUUCACGGCAUCUCUCUCUCUCUUAAAAAUGUCGGAUUGCUCGGGAAGAGCAAGCAAGCCCUGUACUUCACCAAGUGUGACAGACCACCUCUGCAAGUCGAAAAAACCCCAAAGCCUCUGCUGAAAGCCUUUAACAGACAGACGCCUACGUUGGACACGGGUACUUUACGUACAUUUCUCUAAGGUAACGAUUCAGAGAUCAUCUUUCCCCUUUUGCAUGGACGUUCCCCAAGCCAGGAGUCGGAACAUCUCAGAUUUACUCCCGGAGCUGUAACGCAUCCCCUCUGCCGCGGUCAGCCCUUUGCUCCUCUGCCUCUGGGCACGUCUGCCCUGCCUUCGCUGGCACAGGCAGAAGGCGGCCGUGGUAUUUACCUCCUGCCUCCUGGUGGGACUGGGAUGCUGUGAGCUCGUCGAAAAGAACAGUUUAAUAUUACAGCACUGCUUGUCAUCGGCGUUACUGAGAAAGCGCUACGACUUGCAAUCGACAGCGAAGGGACUUUUAUGGCACUUCAGCCACUUCCCUUCUCCACCCUGGGGUGGGCUCACCGCCUUGAAGUCUUGCGGCAGGCUCGGAGGAACUUGUCAGUAAGAGGUACUGAUGCGCUGACUUGGCAAAUGCGACCAAACUGGACAUACAAAUGGGGCAAAGCUGUGAGCACAGCGACUUGUGGGGACAGUAGAGGCCAGGCGGCAAGCCAGGCUGUCAGGACGACACGUGCAGGGCGGGCAGGCCUCUGAAUGCAGCAAGGAAAUUAGACAGCGCCCCUCUGCUGAUGAACAGCGGCAUCAGAAUUGCUUGUGGCAGCUGCACCACCUCCUCCUCUCUGGCUUGCCCCCGUGUCACACAGUUCUCUUGGUUUCCCUAUUUUUUCCACAGUUUUUUCCUCACUGUUCUUGCUGGGCUCAGAAUUUCCAUUGCGCUCUUUACAGAGUGGGUUGCAACUU